AUGGAGCUAUGGAUUCACAAAACGCGAAUAGAGGGGUUACGACUGUGGCUUUCAGCAAUGUUGAGAAUCCAAGUUUCUCCUACACCUCUGGAGAGCCUAAACCAACAGUUGUCAGCUUGCGGCUUUGGCUUGCAUAAAGAUCCUGACAGAAACUACAUCUUCAGAGUCACAUACAAUGGGUGCUUUGUGCAGCUAGAGCAUGGUAAUUACAUGAUUGUGCUGAAUCUGAUGAAGAGAGUAAGCCGUUUUGGAGGAAGGACACAUAAUUACAUAAUGAAGUGUCCUGUAGUUCCAGCACCACCCAACAGAGAGCACAUUCAAUGUGACCCUGAUUUCAUCCAGGUUACUCGACAGAUUCCAGUGGACAGCUGGAGCAAUGAGCUCACAUGGUCUCUUGCUUUGAGAGGAAGUCUGGUGGUGGCACUGGAAGAUGCCAGUCUCAUUCAGGUGAAUGUUGACAUUCAGAAGCCGCUUAUUACUGUUCAAGGCAGGAGGAAUGCAGUUCUUACUCCCGUGCAGGUUCUACAAACUGAGGGCCAGUUUCUACCCCUCAAAUUGGUCAGUGGACAUUAUGCCUAUAGCAUGGAGGCCACCUGCCCAAAUGUGAUUCAGUACUCAGAGUACACAGUCCUGCAGAUAUAUAAACGUCGAAUGGGCCUGACAAAGAGAGGAGGCUACGACAACGAGAUGCUGUCAGUCAGCAGUGUGUCUAUAAACCAGACAGAAACAUUCACCUGGUCUGAGAGCAGCAGUUUCGUAAAGCUCAUCAUACUCACUGCUCUUAUUCAAAAGACAAAGAAAUGCAGUGACAAGGACAGUGAAAAUCUUAAGCAGUUUUUCUUCAGAGUAGAUGUUGUGCUCACCUUUAAAGAGAUGAAUAACAAAAUGCUCUGGACUAUGGAGAAUAAAUCACCUUGUUUAGAAAUGCCUUCAGUGACACCUACAACACUCACUGCAGAAAACAUUGUUUCAAGCCCCACACCCCCUUAUUCAGAGAUUACAGACCAGCCACUGUUCAUUUCCAGCACGGACUCCCAAAUAUCAGCCUGGACAACAGAAAACAGAUUAAGAGAAAAAUUACAAACUAGCCAAGUUCAAACUACUAGAGGGAAGAAGUAUAGAUCCAUUAUACCAGACUGA